GCGAACGAACAUUCUAGCACACUCUCGCGUGUUCCAUCGGUCGUUACCGCGAACGUUCGGACGAGUUCGGUUCUGUAGUCACGUGGCUACGUCCCACACAAGAAAUAUACAUAUAUUUAAGUUGCUCCUCGGUCGCGCGCCGACAGUUUCACUAUCGACCUGAAAGGAGUGCAUCGAGACCCGUGCGUCUUUGAAUAUUGUUCGAGAGAAAACAGUUUCCUCAAAUAUAGAAGUCUGAUUCGCGUGUGUGUGAUAGUGCAUAGAAAAUAAACGAGUGACACGACACUUGGUAUAUAGAAAAGGAAGAGAAAGGAUCGAAACAGGAAGAAAGCAGAUCGAACGAAGGACCGUUGGACUAAAACGACUUUGUCACGCAUUGCUCUUCCGGUAAUCUUUGACAGACAAGCUUAGAAAAAAAAAAACGAGAGUGUGCUGCCAAUACGUUUAAUUUUCGUUCGGCUUUUUGUUAACCGUCGCUGUUUAGCAAGCUUCUUUGCUGAUUCCUUAAAUAAACAAAGCGAAACGUGCAAAACGAAACUUAACCCGCAGAGAGCUCUUAACGGCAACGGGCACGACUUAACCUCUUCCUAGUGUGUGAGAAAAGACAGACUAUUUAAGAAAAAUAGAAAAAUACAAUACAGAAAAGGAAUCCACGUAUUGUUGAACAGACACAGAUCAAAGAGUCCACGAAAUGGACUUUCCUGUCAUCGUGGACAAAGCAUCCGAAUUCGGAAAACCGAUCGAUUUGGACCGUGACUUCCUGUUCGACGACGACGGUUUCGGUCGACGCAGCGACAUUAGGUCCCAUUUGGACGACCUAGCAGCUCGCCAUCCAGAAUUCGCUGAUCACCUCGUAGGACCGCCUUGGGGCGACAUACCGUUCCACAGUUCCUUCCGUAACAGGAACCGUGGUUCUGGGAACGCCGGGACCAACAACUACCAGGGUUACUCGGACGAGGACGCGAGAAGCCAGGCGAGCGGAAGCAGCGCCGCCAGCGGUGCGAGUGCUGUCAGCUCUCACGGCGAGCCUGAGGCCAACCUCCAGGACAAACGAUCUCAGAAUUUCGAGCAGCCGAGCAGGAGGAACCAAAUCCCUCAGUACGGGCUGCGCAAUACGGUGGACAUAGGUCAACAUCAUCAUAACAUGGAGAAUCCUGACAAAGCGAGUCGCGGUCAGCGCUCGAUGUCCGCUCCGCCUGAGAACAGACAAUCCUCGAGUAAUCAGCAGCCUCAGCAACAAGAGCAGCAGAGUCAGCAACCACAAGGACAAAGAUACGUUUCUAGGAUAGAUAUUACUCCUCAGCACAACCAGCCUCAACAACCGCAGCAACCACAGCCACAGCCACAACCACAGCAACAGCAACAGCCCCAACAACAACCUCAGCAACAUCAAAGCAACGUCAGGCACAUACCAAUUUUUGUAGAGGGCAGAGACGAACCUGUACUGCCCAGGAACAUAGACGAGUCACAUUUCAGAAGAGAACCCUCCAAUCAAUUCAAUCCAUCGUCGGACUUCAAGAGAUCAUCGAUCUUCACAGAGCCCUCGUUCGGUACGUCCCACAAAUGGUUCCCUCAAUUUCAGGAUGCGUUCUAUCCGCAACAAACCGCUUACGAGCAGCCUACGAGUCGACAGCAACACACUCACUACCAACAGCCUAAACAGCAGCAAUACGCCGAGAGACAACCGCCUCAGCAGCAUUACGAGCAACCUAGACAACAGCAGAGGCAGUCUCAACAGCAGAGGCAAGCUCAACAGCAACAACAGCCUCAGCAACAGCACCAGCAACCUCCGCAACAAGAACCGCCAAAGCCCAAACCAUGCCCUCCGAAGGAUCCUCUGGAAAGGGUAGCCUUAGUUCAGAAAGAAGUGGACUCCCUGGCCGAGCAGGUUAAAUCGUAUACAGGAAACUCAAGAACAGAGAAACAGUACAUAUAUCUAGACGAAAUGCUCACCAGGGAGUUGAUCAAGCUAGACGACAUAGAAACCGAGGGCAGAGAUAACGUUCGACAGGCGCGCAAGAACGCUAUAAGAACUAUACAAGAAACAAUUAGCUUGUUAGAGUCGAAGGCUUCUCUUCCCUCUCCACAGAUCACGGAAUCCAAGAGCCAGGUCUCUGAUGACGUCCACGAGCCCGAACAAAGCGAGUCCAUGGACGUGGAUCAGAAAACUGAGGAAUCGCAAACCAACGAGCCAAUACCUCUGCCACCUGGCCCGUCGUCUCCGACAAAGAUGGUCGAAGAGAGCAACCCUGAUGCCCUGAACGAGAAGACGAUCAACUCCGCCAACGAUCAAGCCGAUAAACAAUCUUCCGAACCUAUGGACAUCAUUCCUGCGGAGAAAUCCGAGGCUACACCUAUGGAGGUGCAGCAGACCCCUGAGCAGGCAAACACUGCUGAGAAAACAGAUGUGCCUGAGGUAAAGGAUGAGAGUGCUUCCGAAGCGAACAAGGAGAACAUAUCCGAAGAGAAGAAGCCAGAGAAGGAUUGUGAGAAGAAGGAAGCUGUUUCCGAAGAGAUGAAGCCAGAAGAUGCUUCCAAGAAUCCAGAGACGGUGCCUGAAGAGAACAAAAAAGAGGAGGAAGUUUCUAAGGAGAAGACUGACAAACCGAAAGAGAAGGCGGAGGUGGACGAGGUGAAGCAAUCUCAAAAGGCGACGAAGAAGGGGAAAAAGACGAAGAAACAGGUACCAGUCUCCGACAAACCCAUACCGAUGCCACCGCCAGACAAUGCCGAAGAGAACGCGAAGUAGAAAUGAAAAGGGAGUUUACAAAUUGUCACAACGAGAUUCGGGAUCCAGGAUUCUGAUCCUGUGAUAGUGAGCGACGAAGAAAAGAGGCUGAUAGCUCUGGAAGAGCCACCAGUCUCGUGCUAAGCUUUGUCGUUGAUUUUGGUGCCGGAUGAUAGCGUCGUGGAUCGACGUAGUCACGCGAUCGUUCGCCAACGCCAACGGGGAAUCGUUCUUCGGAUCGUUCCGUUGCUCUCUCGCCCGCGGCGUUAGUUGAUCGUUCUUGACUGGGAGGCGCGUCGAACAACAAACAAUCACUUUUUUUUUUUUUUUUAACCAUUAUUAUCACAUUGGAUUCUCACUGUACGUGCUGCUAUUUGCAUUUGGACAAGGCUGUUCCUGUCUUCAUUUUUGAGGGGCUCUAACGAGUACGCGGAAUACUAGUGCGAAAUUGUAUUAGACAAAUUUUCCAUUGCGACUGUGGAAAUUCCGGUUUUAAGUGACGAAAGCGGGGGAAGGCUUGUAAACGCGGUAGCAAUUUUUAUUACAAACUUUACGUAUAAGUCUUUAAAUAUGAACAUCGCAAUGAUCCCCAAUACUGGAAUUUAAUUUAAAAAGAUGUCACUUGAAAGCGGAGAGUACCCUAUCUGCCUCUUAACCCUUUGGGUACUGUUGACGUUUGUAACCAUACAGCUUAAGAGCGAGGAAAUUUUAUCGAUCAGUCUUGGAUCGAUUAAUUCUUUCCAGGGCUGGUAUUCAACGCUUCCAUUGGUAGGAUGUGUGCGGUAAACGCCUAUGAGCGUUUGAUGAAUAUUGCUUAAGAAAUAUGUGAUGAAUACGCUUCGAGUUUUAGCACCGAAAGGGUUACGCGAUCUAACAGUGCUCUUUUUCUCUUCAAUUAUUAUCGAGUAACGUCGCGUGUCAAACAUCUUCCUUUCGUUGGAUGAAUUAAAUGGAGGGAAACAUAAUAUGAGAGAGAGAGAGACGCGUGUUCUCGGUGAAUACGAGAACCGCGAGAUGUUUUUGGUGUCUUGUAUUGUCAGAACCGAGUGAUUAAUUCGAGACGAUUGCGUGGAUUUUGUUAAUAUCGACGAUUCGUUUAACGAGAACGCGUUGGGAUCGUCGGGGACGAUUUUGAUGAACGGAGCCACGUCCGUCUCUAGUAUUACAGCGCACGGCCUGAUUAACUAACUUUAUAUUACUAUUAUUAUUAUUAUUAUUAUUAUUAUUAUUAUUAUUAUUAUUUAUAAUUUAUUGUACGUCUGCUGGAACGAUUUAGGCGCAAAUAUCAAGCGUCUGGUGUCGCCGACGAAACAUGUGCGUCUAUACGAACCGUGUACAUAUUGUUAGGAUUGUAUGCGCUCGACUUGCAAGAAACGAUGCAUCCUGUUCAUUGUUAUUGUUAAACGCCGCGCUGUUGAACUGACUCUAUACUUUUUAUUUAGCCUACUCCGUCGUACCACUCACCGAGGCUUUAAAAAAAGCGAAAAAGUCGUCAACGGUUGUGCAUUCAUCUACAGGUCAUAUUUUAUUAAAUAGUUUAAACAAUAAUAAUUCUGACAAUCGAGAUUUAAAGUGAUCCGAUCCAACAGGGCACCAACCAAACUCCUAUCUUUAUUUCAAUUAAAAUAUUAUAUUCCACUUCAUUACUUUUGAUUCAACAAAAACGGACGUCGCUUAAAGAAAAUGUUUAGCCAGAGUACUUAAGAACCAGCAUGUGGUUUAUAAUGUUAAUAGGAAGUUGAUUCUAUACAUGGACGAUUUCACAAUGUGUUUCGAACGUUGCUUUAAAAUUUUCAACCACUUCCAUGUAUUCUUUUUUCUUUAAGUGCAACGGAGAAUGGGAUGCAUUGUUUUAUGGUUCCUUGUUCAGGGUGAUCCUCAUUACUUUCAACCUUUGUUUUUUUUUCUUUUCCUCUGUAUGAUGUUGUUUACGUAUCCAUAGAGAUCACGUGCUUUCGAACCACACAUUUUUUUUUUAUUUUUUUUUUUUUUCAAAGUAAAGCGUACGUGUGUAUGCUAAACGCGAGAAUGCAAAUGACUACGUGAAAGAUUAGAGAGAAACGGAGUGACUGACUAGAGAAACAAAGUCAAGAAACUAUACAGUAGUAGGUUGUAUAAAUAUGUGGCGAGAAUGUAACUAUUUUAUGAACAAAUGCAUUCGAUGAAAAUACAGUCUGGUCUAUGAAGU